AAAUCUAUUUUCAAGCGGUUCACAGCUCACCUGGAGAACUCAGUUUUAAUUGUUACCAUUUAAUGUCGAAAUGUAUGUCGAUAGAUGAAUUAAAUUGGAACAGCUCAAUGAUUAAAACACUGCGCAAUUAUUCACGGUAUCCGCCGAUCAACUAUGUUACAUUCAUACGUUCAUAGAAGGCUACAAGAAAUCCAACAUGGACGCUCCGUCGUGUUCCUACGACGCUUGUCAUACUAGGUUACUUUUGUCCGACAUUUCGACAUUUGCCCGCGAACGUGGAUGACGUAAUUCGGCAACAUGCCUGCAUGUUUUUCUCAAUAGUCAUUGAUAAAUAUGCUAUCUUUUUUUCGUAAGUUGUCAAUCGGGGGAAAGAUAAAGGAUGGUAUAUUACCCGAGAGAAUCAUGGAAACUGCGGAGGAUUUGUUGAUAGCGAAGGACCAUUUGAUAUUAAAGACGGAUACCGAAAUGAAGGAAUCCGUUUACGACCUCUUGAGGACAAUCAAAGAUCCGGAGAAACCACAAACUUUGGAACAGUUGGAUGUUGUCUACGAGGAUUGUGUCAGUGUCUGUCAUUGCACACCCGGGGGAGUUUCCGUGAUUCGUGUGGAGUUUAAUCCUACGGUGCCUCAUUGCUCUUUGGCGACUCUUAUAGGAUUAUGCAUCCGUGUCAAGCUGGAGCGUCAUUUGGCAGCGUUAUUUAAAUUAGACAUCUAUAUCAAGGAAGGUGCGCAUUCCACUGAACAAGAAAUAAACAAACAGAUCAAUGACAAGGAACGUAUAGCAGCUGCAAUGGAGAAUCCAAAUCUACGAGAAUUGGUGGAGAAGUGUAUAUUAGAGGAAGAUUACUAGUGUCUCAUAUAUACAUAUAUAUAUAUAUAUACACACACAUAUACAUAUACAUAAUUGUGAUAUGUAUACUGUUGGAUAUUCUAUCAGAGUGAAAUUCACUUUGUCGAGCGACUGUGUAAAUAAAUAAUAUAUAUUUUA